GUGAGGGAAGGGCUGCAGGAGGAUUGUAUGCAGGAGCAACUGCAGGAGGUGGUGUAUCCGCAGGGGCAGGUUUACAUGGAGUUUCAGGAGAAGGAGGAUCAGCCGGAGCCCUUUAUAGUGGUGCGUCAGCAGGGGGGAAAACAUACACAAGUGAAAAAUACGGAGGAACAAUUAACAAAGAAGUAGAAGUCAUCAAGGAAAAGGUCAUAGAAACGCCGGUUUCAGCACCUGCACCAGCUCCAGCGAAAGCAAGUGCUGGAUUCUCCGGUGGAUUAUAUAUAUCAAAAUCCGUAAACGCGGCUCCAGCACCUGCAGUUCAUCACGUUGAACAGGUGGUUGAAAAGAAAGUUCCAGCACCUCAGAAAACUUAUAUUGAAAGAACCGUUAUCCCUAAUUACGUCGAAAAAACCAUCCAAGUACCAUCUUACGAAGAAAGAAUCGUAAGAGUUCCAACAGUUAUUGAACAGAGAGUUAAAGUUCCCGCUCCGCCCACAAUUAUCGAAAAAGAAGUGCCAGUUCCAGAAGCACCUGCACCGCCCCAAGUACAUGUACAAAAAAUUAAAACAGUACACAGACCCGCAUUAAGAAAACACUGGCGUAAAUAUGGGUACGUCCAGGUCGAAUAGAGGAAGAGUCGGGGCUGUUAGCGUUAAUCCGAGCGUGGUCUCAACCUCGGUGGUAGAAAAACCUGCAGCAGCCGAUAUUAACUCUAGUUUUUAC